UUUCGUCUUCUUGGUAAAAAGUAAACUCAGGAGAGAAAAAAAGAGUACAAGUCCCGCCCAAAUUGGGGAUGACGACGAUGAUGAUUGAUCCGGUGAAAAGAAUCUGCGAUGAACUUGGAGUGCGUAUGGAAGAAGCUAUCUGUUACCUCGACGGAUUCCAAUGGAAUUUGGAUUCGGCGAUGGAGGCUUGCCGCAGCCAAUCCUUGCCGUUGUCGUCACUCGGGUUUGAAUCCUCGCCGGUGAACGAGAAUUCCUCGUCGAUGGCGCCUUCGACACCUCCGAUAGUGAAUCCGCCGGAAGAGCAAUCGAGAGAUGAAUGUAUCACACGAUUUCUCGACGCGGCUCCUGGGACGAGUUCAGAAGACGCAUACGCUUACCUCUCGCGCAGCAAUUGGGUUAUAGACCAAGCCGUCGGCUAUUUCUACGAAGAGUGCCGUCCAACUGCUGCUGAACAGAUGUCGAAUCCGAAACCUCUAAGAUCAGCUCCGGCAUCGAAGUAUAAACCACUUAAAAUCGGGAGCUCUUCUUCUGGUUCGAAGGAGGUUGACUCGACAGGAGAACAUAUCCCUGAAGCUAUACCUCUGGUGGCGUCAUCUCAAGUGAAGAUUCAAAAUAUCCAGGAAAGUAGUAGUGUUUGCCCGCCAAUGGAGAAUUGGGUUGAUCGAGCCUGCGAUGAUACCAAUGUGUACCGAGAAGAAGCACUCUAUUACCUUGAGGGAUUCAAGUGGAAAUCGGAUCCGGCUAUGGAGGCUUGCCGCAGUAAAAUAUUGCCGGAGCUUCCGGUGAGCCAGGAAUCUGCUGAAGCGCCAUCGAAUUCGCCAGACCAACAGUCUCAGUUGGAUGAACUCAUCUCACAGUUCCGCAGUGUGGCUGAUGGAGCGUCCAGAGAGCAAGCAAUCUAUACCCUUCAAAUCUGCAAUUGGGAUGUAACCCAAGCCAUCGGCUGUUACAUGGACGGGUUCUCAAAGGAUGAGGAUGACAUUUCCGCCGCAAUUGCUAUGAGUUUGGAGGAGAACAGAGGUCUGCCUCUUUCAUCCACGGGAUUACCUUCGCAAUCGCAGUUUGAGGCUUCACUUGGUUACUGGAAUGAAGGCGAAAUAGGAAGCACUUCUAGUUCGAUGGGGGUUGAUUCAACCGAGUCAGAAAGGUCGCUUGAAGAGGCUGGUGAAGUAAACUCCGCAUUAGCUAUUCCUGGAAUGGUGUCGUCUCAAGUGGAUGGUAAGGCUGUUGAGGAAGAUUCAAGCACGGAGACAUUCCGUGAUCCUGUUGACAUUCAAGACAGGAUAAUUCUGGGGCCUAGAGCUGCGCGGACUAGUGUUACAAUAACAAUCAACUUGGCCGAUGGUAGGUCAGUAGAUAUUCCUUUUAGACCCAACCAAACCGUGAGAGACAUCCGCGAUGCCAUUGACGAGCUAACACCAGAAGACGAUAGAGACUACUUUUUGCAAUCGAUGGCUGGAGUAUAUUAUAUGGGCCCGAAUAUAACUGUACACGAGAUAUCUACUGGUCGUUCUACAACUCUCCUCCAGCUCUACUACGCUCCGUAGCUUUUGGUUUUGUGUACAGUUGCCAUGGAUAGAUGAAACAGAGAGGAGAGAGAGAGAUGUAUAUGAUUUUGGAGAUGCCUUGUAUAGAAAGGAACAAAAUAGAGCAGAGCAGUUUCAUACUUUGUUUCUUAUAGCUUCGAUUCUGUAUACUAGUUUCAAUCGAUUAAUGAAACAUAUAGCCAAUAAAAGUUUAAUUUGGAAGUUAUUAUAAAA